CAACCACCAAGUAAGCAAGACUAAUUCUCCCACACUCAAUUAUAUAAACCCCAUCUUCUCCCCUACUCAACCCUCUCCUAUUUACUUCUUUCUUUCCUUGGUCAUUCAUCAUUCCCUCCGUUAUUAUUACCCAAACUUCUCUCUCCUCUCUCCUCUCUCCUCUCAAACUUUGUAAGUUUUGAUUUCAUAAAUCUAACAAUGGAGCUCCCUGUAAUAAAUUUCGAAGCGAGCAUCAAUUCGUUAAACAACCCAUCAUUAAUUUCUCGACUUUUCUCGAUUUUCGAGUUGGGAAAAUUCUCCCCAGCUCAUAGACUAUGGAAAUGGGGCGCUGUUUUUUUAGCAUUAGUUUACGCUAUCAGCAGCCUCGUUAACAAAAUCAAGAUCUUAUUUCUUCAUUAUCACAAUAAAUCUCGAUCCUUGUUAUCUGACUCUCUUCUACAUCCUUUAAACGACGACUUUCAAACCGAUGACGACGAAAACGACGACGUUUGCUCCACUUCAGACUCUUCAACCUCCGACGAUGAAGAAGACGAAGAAGAACCAGAAGACUUAUCGAAAUUCGACGAUGAUUUCAAUGUGAAGGGUAGUUUUCGUAAUUUAAGCAAAAACUCCAAACAAAAUUGUAAAUUUAGGAGUAUCGUUGACAAUUUCUCAUUGUCGGAUAUCGUUAAUGGAAACGGCGUCGUUAAGUUAUGGGAUGAGUUAGGUUUAGGAGUGUUUGAUGUGGAUAAUUCAUUUUCUUUUUUGGAUUUUAAUAACAUGAAGAAUUCAAAUUUAUUAAGUACCUCAAUCUUUGCCGGUUUUCCAUCGGUUUCAAUAUCGCCAUCGGUUUUUAUUUCCGGCGAUAAGUUAGGGUUGGACAUUUGGGAUUUGCGAACCGGGCCGGCAUUUCACUUGGACCGGACGGGGAAUAUUGUCGGUGUUGAUGCCGGUCGGACCGGGAAGGUUUACGUGAUGGAUGACGUAAUUUCCAGGUUGACGGUUUGUGAUUUGCGGAAGGCUGAUACGCCGUUAACGGAAUACGAGGUGUACGAGUCAGAUUAAUGGUAUGAGUUAUGACGCGGUAUUAUUUUCUGGAGUGUGCUGGGUCAGGUUGACAGCUAUAAUUCAAAGCGAAAUGUGUUACAUGCUUGAGGAAAGAAGUUUAUAAUUCUUUCUCACUUGUAAUUUCUUUUGAAUUGAAAUACUAUUAGUUUCCAAGAAAAAGAUGUCAUGUACUAGUAGUUGAAUAAAUGUUGACUAGGAGACGGGGAGAGUUGAAAGAUGAUGAACUCUUUUAUCUUCAACUUUGUAAAUAUUUUUCAUGUGUAAUAUCAUUCUUUUUAAUUAGACAUUUUCAUUUGUGAUUAUA